UGUAGCUGCCGCCUGUGCACACACAUACAGGUAAAUUCGCCGCCCGGCUUCAUUGUGCAGCCCCCUCUUCGCACAUUUUUGGUCCUUCUCAGCCGGAUUCUUCACAAAAUCGUGGUCUUCGUAUUAAGUUGAUUUUUAGUUUUAAGGUCAGCACGUCGCACCAGCACUGGUCGAUAAUGCCACCGAAAACUAAGAAAAUUGAAUCUGAAAUGGCCGAGCAAGCGCUGGAAUGCGCGCGAAUCGCUCGAAACCGCGCACAAAAAUCAAUAUCUGAUAUUUUGAACAUCGCGAGGCUAUCUGUGAGCGAUCCCGCGAAACGUGAACAAUUAUCCGCUAGUGUAAAACGCUUAGAUAGUCUUUUCUCUCGUUUUCAAGCUGAACAAAAUGUUAUUAUUAAUUCAUUGGUCGUUGUCGGUCGUUCCGAUGAGUACGAAUCGAUCGAUUCACCCGUAAUGGAUACCGUCGAAGCCGUUGUUGACGAAAUUCGCGAAAUUGUUGAUCGAACGUCCGAAGUAACCGCGGCCAUACAACCGGUGCCGUUUCGACAAGCGUUUAGCACGCUUCCGAAAAUUGAAUUGCCGUCGUUCGAUGGGUCCAUAACAAAUUGGUGUGCGUUCCGUGAUAGUUUUAAAUCUCUUGUACAUGAAGAUUCCAAUGUCGAUAAUAUACACAAAUUUCAGUUGUUGACACAGAGUCUGACCGGUUCUGCAUUAUCCGUAAUUAAAUCUAUUCCGUUGUCGGCGGCGAAUUAUAACGUUGCGUGGGCAGCGCUCACCGACCGAUUUGAAAAUAAACGAUUGCUCGCAACUGCUCAUUUGGACAAGCUUUUCGCUUUCAAACCUAUCGCUCAAGAAUCAGUAUCAGCUCUGACUACGUUUUUAAAUAUUUUUAAAGAAAAUGUCUGUACGUUAAAAUUACUCGGAGUUGAAGAUCUCGCGGGUUUUAUGUUGUUUUUUCUGGGUUCACGUGUAUUAGAUCCGAAAACCCGUCAACUGUUUGAAGCGGAUGUGUGCCAAUCCACUAUUCCGGAUUUUGAUACUCUCAUUAGUUUUGUUCAAAAACGUUUGAAAAUAUUGGAGAACAUACAGGGCGUCGCCAAGAUUGAAAACCGAUCUAAUAAAUUUCAAAAACCUAUAGCAUCGAAGUUAGCACUUACCGCCACGAGUAAUCCUAUUCAUAAGAAUAAAGGCCUGUCGUCGUCUUCGUCAAAAUUGAACAAACCUAAACAUUGCACUAUUUGUAAUCGUGGUGAACAUUUUCUGUAUCAUUGUCCGGAAUUUAAAACAUAUUCCGUAUCACAACGUCGGGAAUACGUUAAAGAAAAUAAACUGUGUUUUUCGUGUAUGAGUUCAACACACAUGGUGGACACAUGUAGAUCCAAAUACCUGUGUGGGAAAUGUCAGCAACGUCAUCAUUCUUUGUUACAUUAUCAAUCAGUCUCAGAACCUUCGACCACCACCAAUCAGGAACACGCUCCAAUCAACGGUGAGGAGGGCGGAAGUGCCAAUACUAAAUUUUCGGGCAUGUCAGCGUCCGGUAGUACGGUGUUAUUGGGUACAGCCGUUGUUCGAGUUCUAGAUGCGCGUGGCAAUUAUCAUUCUGUGCGUGUAUUAUUGGACAGUGGUUCUCAGAUAUCGGCAAUUACUACGGAUUGCGUAGCUCGCAUUGGUCUGUCACGACGUAAAUGCGAAAGUGAAAUAGUUGGUUUGUCUCAAAGUCCGGUGACCCAAGUGAGAGGUAGCACAUCUUGUUCGUUUAUACCACACCAUACUCCAAGUCCAAAAUUCAAUUGCCAUGAGUUAAUAAUACUGCCCAAAUUAACGUCUAUUCUACCGUCUACGCCACUGCCGCCAGCGGUACGCACACGAUACCAACAUUUAAUAUUGGCCGAUCCCCAGUUCGACACUCCGUCUCAGAUCGACAUGUUACUUGGAGGUGAUUUAUAUCCGUUUCUUAUCCGUUCUGAGUCGAUGGUAAAACACACUGCCGGUUUCCCUUCAGCCAUGGACAGCCAUCUGGGAUGGAUUAUAAUGGGAUUAGUGAACCCUCUUGGUAAGGCUUCCACCCCGCGUAUAUCAUUGCUGCUUACAUCUAGUCCGUCGAUAGACUCUCUACUACAUCGUUUUUGGUCAAUUGAAGAACCCGUUGCUCCCGCAGUUCCUACCACGGAAGAUGAGUUGUGUGAGAGGUGGUUCACCAAAUCUACAUCACGAGAUGCAGAUGGGCGUUUUUGUGUCGCCUUACCGUUUCGACAUCACGUUUUCACAAAUGACGAUGGAACUCAGAUAUCUACUUCAAAGUCCGGAAUUAGUUCGUCAUCAUGUCAACUCGGAGAAUCACGGUCCUUAGCCUUGAAGCGUCUUCUGAACUUAGAGCUUCGCCUCCAAAAAGACAAACAAUUGUACGAGUCGUAUCGAUCCUUCAUGAAUGAUUACCUAUCGUUAGGACACAUGAAAGUCGCUACUCGACCUGGCAAGUAUUAUAUACCUCACCACGCGGUAGUGAAGCGGGACGGCGAUACAUCCAAAUUACGGGUCGUUUUCGACGCUUCGGCGAAGUCAUCGUCAGGGGUCUCUCUCAAUGAUACUCUUUGUGUUGGGCCGAAAUUACAAAAUGACUUGAGUGAACUCUUACUCACAUGUAGAUUGUACAAAUAUAUUUUCGUUGCCGACAUUGUCAAAAUGUACCGCCAGAUCAGGGUCCGUGAAGAAGACUGCGUGUUCCAACACAUCCUUUGGCGACAUUCCCCGGAACAGGAGAUCCAGGAGUAUGAGUUAUUGACAGUGACAUAUGGUUUGAGUUCCGCUCCAUUCUUGGCCAUACGUGUCUUACACGCUUUGGACGCAUGCUCGGAACCAUUAUAUUCCGCCGCCAAGGGCGUCUUAACCAAUUAUACCUACGUCGAUGACAUUGUGGUAGGACGGAACACCGAAGCGGAGUUAGUUCAGGUGCAAAACCAUACCAUAGGACUACUUCGAACAGCUGGUUGUAGCUUGAAAAAGUGGUGCAGCAAUAGUUCCAGAAUUUUGGACUCGAUUCCGCCUGAAGAUCGCGCUAAUUGUCCUUCUUUUGAACCUAAGGAUGAGCCAUCAUUGAAGGUACUCGGCCUACAUUGGAAUCCCGCUAUCGAUGUUUUCGGAUACCACACGCACGUUGAAGACACGCCCAAUACGAAGCGAGGGGUAUUGUCUGCCAUUGCCAGAUUGUUCGACCCCAUUGGUGCCCUCGGUCCGAUGUUGUUGUGGGCAAAAUCUUUUAUGCAACAACUUUGGCAGGCACAAUUAAAGUGGGACACUCCGCUGCCUUUACACCUACGGACCGCAUGGCGUCAUUUCUUGUCAGAGUUGCCCUCGUUAGGCAAUAUAGAAAUCGCUCGCCAUAUUGACACCAGAGGAUUUCAGGAUGUCCAAUUAUUAGGGUUUGCCGACGCGUCGCAAAAGGGCUAUGCUGCGACAGUGUACCUCCGCGUUGUCGAUAUGACGGACAAGGUGUCCAUAUCCCUUGUGACGUGCAAGACCAAGGUCGCUCCCUUGAAAGGAAGUGAAAAGGACGAGUCUCUCACCAUACCUAGAUUAGAGCUGUGCGCAGCCCUCUUAUUGGCCCAAUUGUUACAUCGGCUCUACCUGAAAAUCUCUUUUGUUGUUCCAGUUGCACAGGUACGUGCUUGGACAGAUUCGUCUGUAGUGUUGUCGUGGCUUACUACCGAUCAAAAGUUUUUUAAGGUUUUUGUUACCAACCGAGUAGCCAAGAUCCAUUCCCUACUUCCAGAUUGCACCUGGUCUCAUGUGCCUACCAUGGAUAACCCUGCCGAUCCUUCUUCACGUGGAUUAUUGCCUGACGACCUCGUAGCUUGUAGCCUACAUUGGAAGGGUCCACCGUUCUUACAUUUUCCUGAGGAAAGUUGGCCAGGGCCACUCGUCCAAUCCCUCAAUCCACACCACUUACCUGAGGUGAAGACUGCGUCCGCGUGCGUGUUAGUAGUACGAGAAGUACCGAAUUUUGACAACUUUUUACUUAGAUUUUCGUCGUGGUUUCGUCUUCAACGGGCAUUAGCAUAUGCGUUGCGCUUUAUAGACCGUGCAAUUAUCAAGCGCCCAACCAACGCAGACGUUCUCACACAGGAUGAAUUGCAGCGUGCCAUACGACUGGCCGUUCGUGUUACUCAACGUACGCACUUUCAAGAACUCCUUAAACAACUGGCCAAACACAACCACAUAGUGACCCCUCCGACUAUGGCUCAGUUAGCUCCUUUUCUGGAUCAUACUGGCUUAAUUCGAGUAGGCGGCCGACUGCAGCGAUCAAUGUUGUCUGAUGAUGCGAAACACCCAUAUCUACUUCCGAAAGACUCUCAUGUCACUUCGCUGAUCAUCACGGCAUUACACCGGAGAUUCUUACAUGCAGGGCCGAAGCUUAUAAUCGCUAUGUUACGUCAGGAGUUUUGGGUUGUAUCUUGUCGAGAGGCCGUUCGUCGUAUAAUUUUUAAGUGCGUCACGUGCUCCCGCCACAAAGCUCUACACCCAACCCCUCGUAUGGGCAUACUUCCUGAAGCUCGCGUUCAUUCGGUUCGCGCGUUCUCUAGUGUCGGCACGGAUUAUGGAGGACCCUACCUCAUUAAAGAAUGUAAAAGACGAAACACUAAAACCACUAAAGUUUACCUAGCAUUAUUCGUGUGCAUGGCCACCAAAGCCAUACACGUUGAAAUUGUUUCCGAUUUGACGACCGAAGCGUUCCUCGCUGCCCUAGACCGAUUUAUCGCACGCCGAGGUGUACCAGCACAUGUGUAUUCUGAUUGCGGCACGAACUAUGUUGGCGCCGCUCGUCAACUAAGACGUAUGUUUCGUAACAAGGACGUCCAAGCCCAAGUUUCCGCGCGCGUCGCUUGUAACUGGCAUUUUAACCCACCAGCCGCACCGCAUUUUGGCGGUCUCUGGGAGGCGGGUAUCAAAAGUGUAAAAUUCCACUUGAAACGAGUGAUGGGCACUCAGGUGCUCACCUAUGAAGAACUCGAGACAUUGUGUGUUCGCAUCGAGGGAAUUCUCAACUCACGCCCACUCACUCCAGUUUCGACGGACCCUCAAGAUUUCACCGCCCUGACGCCCGGACAUUUCCUCAUCGGACAGCCUCUCCUAGCAGUGCCGGAAGAGAACUUCACCGAGGUUCCCAUGAAUCGGCUCACACGUUGGCAGCUCCUUCGACAGCUGCAUCUAUCAUUCUGGAAACGCUGGGCCCAGGAAUACCUGAAUACAUUGCAAGGUCGUCAAAAAUGGACUGCCAUCCAGGACAACCUCAAGGUGGAUGAUCUCGUGAUCGUUGAGGCUCCAAGUCAACCCCCGUCCGUGUGGCGUAUGGGACGCAUCACCGCGGUCCACCCAGGUCCUGAUGAGACGGUCCGCGUAGUCACGAUUAAGACACAAGAUGGGGAGAUUAAGCGACCAGUCGUCAAAGUGGUCAAGCUGCCAACCAAUGAGUAAGUUUUCUUGACAUCCACUCGUGCUUCCUCUAUCCUUACUUUUAACAUGUUUUGGUAUAUUUGUAUAUUUGUAUAUUUGUAUUAUUUUUAUGUAUUUAUUGUAACCGCAAUUAUUGUUAUGUGUGCGACCUGGCUUCUCAACGUCAAUUCUCUGAUGGUUCCUUGAAAGCCCACGGCUUUCAACGGGGGGAGAAAAUGUUGGGUACGGAUCCGUCACACGUCGCGCGGACUUCGGUCGACCGUUCGUCGUUAUCGCCCUAUCUCCCACCCCGAGCACACGCGCUUCAUACGACACUUAUCUCGCCGUUGUCGCGCGUGUUUAUGUUAUCGACUUUGCGGUCCGUCGUCUCUCGUUCCGUUGUGCGUCGCCCAGCCAUCUUGGUUUUUUUCGUUCUCACGGAAUAUUGUGUCUUAUACUUUUGCGGCCGUUUGCGCCAAAAUCACCGCCCGGACAGUGCUAAUGUCCGUUUCGUGUUGUGUCAUUCUGCACACACACGAAGUUCAUUUCUUUGUGGCCGUCUGCGCCAAAACUACCGUUUUUGUUUUCGCCCGCCCGUCGUUGUACGCAGUGCGAUCCGCCGUGGU